AUGUUACAAAAUAAAAAUUCAAUAGGAGAUGCCGGGGUAAUCAUUGAGAUCGACGAGAAGCUGCUCAACAUUGAAAGAUUGUGGCGCGAUAUGAAACAUUGGGUUAAAAGGCCCGGAAUAAAAGCAGGGUAUUAUGUAUUUUGUAACAGCCGUAUGGGCACUUCUGGGAAAAGUACGGCACCCAGCCUUCCCUCUUGCUCGAUCUUUGCCGUACAUGGCCUCAUUUUGGAGGCCAUGAAAUGCCCAAAAUGCGACGGCGAAUGCCGUCGCGAUGAUAAUAUAAAUUCAUUCAGGUGCGACAAGACCCCCCCAAAAAAUAAUCGAAAAGUUAGAUGCAAUUUCAAAAAAUCACUUUUUAAGAACACCUGGUUUGAUAAUAGUAAGCUCGAUUUUGAAACUAAUUUAAAAUUUGUAAAUUUGUAUCUGCGAGAGAGGUUUUCUUACGCAUCUGCACGGAGCGAGUUUAAUUUCCCAAACCGGACUAUUUGCGAUUGGGCGAGCUUCUGCCGGGAGGUUUUAAUUAUCUGGCGUUUUGAAAAUCAAUCCGACAAAAUUGGUGGGUCAGGGGAAAUUGUCGAGAUUGAUGAAUCUAAAUUUGGUAAACGUAAAUAUAACGUAGGUCGUGUAAUAGAAGGUCAGUGGGUUUUUGGAGGAGUAUGCCGCAAGAGUAGGGAUUUUUUCCUCGUUGCCGUGGAGACGCGUGACACACUUUUGCUUAAAGUAAUUAAAGAGCGUAUCCACCCAGGGACAACGGUCAUUAGUGAUUGUUGGAAGGCAUACAACUGCUUGGAGAAAGAGGGCUAUCAACAUUUAACUGUGAAUCAUUCAUAUAAUUUUGUUGACCCCAAAAGUAAAGCGCACACAAACACGAUCGAGCGGAAAUGGAGGGAAGCGAAGAUCAAAGUGCCCCGCUUCGGCAGGAGGACAUACCACUUCGCCGGGUACUUGGCUAAGGCCAUUUUUCAAAUCAUGUACCCGGCGGAGAACAAAAGAUUCCAUCAGUUCCUCCUUGCCGCAGCUCGCCUGUACCCUCCGCACUGACGGUAUGUGUUAAAUGUAUUGAUAAUGUGAUUUGGUUAUAAUUAGACAUCGUGCUAAUAAGGGGUGUGGUAAAUUAUUUUGGGCAAUCCUAAUUAAGGCAGCCGCGGAAAG